UCUGAACCAACUGGAACCAACAAGUUUGACUGUAGACAGCAUGGAUUUCCCCAACUGGACUGAAGGAGUGUUUGCCACAAACAGCAGUUAUGAUUCAUAUGUGACUGCUAACCUGCCACCCAGUAAAAUCCUUCUUACCGUGACCCUUUCUGUGGUUACCAUCCUGACUACAUUUUUCAACUGCCUGGUGAUCACAGCUAUCGCCGUCACGAGGAAGUUACACCACCCAGCCAACUACCUCAUCUGCUCAUUAGCUGUGACCGACCUGCUAGUGGCUGUGCUGGUCAUGCCCUUCAGCAUCAUCUACAUCCAGAUGGAGAGAUGGGUCUUGGGUGAGGUGGUGUGUACCAUCUUUUUAAGUGUGGAUAUAACCUGCUGCACAUGCUCCAUCCUUCACCUUGCCGCGAUCGCCAUUGACCGUUACCGGGCCAUAACUGACGCUGUGGAGUACUCUCGCAAGCGUACUGGGGCCAUGGCCGGUGCAAUGGUAGCAGUAGUUUGGUUCUUGUCCAUCCUCAUCUCCCUUCCUCCUCUGCUGUGGCGGCACUACAGCACGGAUGCAGAGCAUGAAGACCAAUGCAUCAUCAUCCACCAUCACAUGGCCUUCACCCUUUAUUCCACACUUGGAGCCUUUUACAUUCCGCUGCUGCUCAUUCUCAUUCUUUACUAUAAAAUCUACCAGGCUGCUCAGACCCUCUAUAUGCGCAGGGAGGCUAGCAGGGCUAGCCGUCACUCAUGCAUGACCAAUGGGAGUAUGAUUCCUUCAUCUUACCCUGCUGGAGAUGGUGAUGCAGAUUGUGGGCCUCAAAGUCCAGAGCCCAUAAGCCCUCGAGAAAAGUCUUUAUCUGACCCCUCCACUGAGGAAACUCCUCGUGAACUGGCCCGCGUAUCAAGAAAACCUUUGCAGAACAAGUCACGCAGACAUGAGUCAACGAGUGAGUCUCGCAGGAGCCAGUUCUACCAAGGACCCCGGAUCUCAGGCGCACGGGAGCGAAAGGCGGCAUCCACGUUGGGGUUGAUAAUUGGAGCUUUUGUCAUCUGUUGGCUGCCAUUUUUUGUCAAAGAGGUGAUUGUGAACACCUGCGGUUCUUGCAGCACUUCAGUGGAAAUGGCUGACUUCCUUACAUGGUUGGGCUACCUUAACUCUCUGAUCAACCCCCUCAUCUACACUAUUUUUAAUGAGGACUUCAAAAAAGCCUUCCAACGACUCGUUAGAUGCAGUCAGUACCUCUGAUAGUUAGUUCUGCAUAGCCGAACUCAAACACCAUUAAACAUACAUGGAGAGGGAACAAAACUAUUGGCUUAAGGUCAGAGCA